AUGAGCUUGCCUGUGACACCUGUCAAGAGCAAAGUUCACAGUGCAUUAUCGAUGGAACAGGAGAUGGACUUCAAUCUAAGCCGUGAUAUACCGUACCCGCUUGAGAAUGGACCUGCCAUUCCUCAAUUUGAUGACACAGAAUUCGCUGCCGUACCGCGACAGGGUUGGAACAAGAAUAAGAAACCUAAUGACCAUACACAAUCUCAAGUUCGAUUCUCAAUCCCAGAUCCUAAUGAGUUAUCCCAAGAUUCUCCAUUGAAAAUUGUCUACCCGAAGAGUGUAGAUGAGAUUCAAAGAGAAAUAUCUACCGCAUCACUGUUCAUGAACAGCCAUGGCCAUUUGGUCGACAUGCGUUCUAAAAUACUGGUUGAUGUUCCGGAAGAAGUUUGGAAAUUUCAUCAUAAUAGAAAAGUAAGAAAUGAGAAUUCUCAUCGCAGGACUCGUUCGGAUGCUAGAUCUUAUGCAAGCAGUAAAUUGAAAUCGCCAAGUCAUUCGAGGUCGAGAUCGUUACAGUCAAUUAUAGUGGAUACAAUGAAUACAUACCGCACAGGCGAUGCCGACACCACUUCCAACGAAAACACUAGCAACGUCAGCCAAGUAUCUCCUUUAAACAUUUCCUUUGACAAACUUCCUCCAUUAACACCCCAAAGAAAUUUGUAUCUUACACCUGAAUCUCCAUUGAAUAAAUAUCGUUUGCCAGUCCCGUUAGAAAUAUCGCUACCGCCAUACCUAUCUCCACAAAACAAGCAUAAACAGAGAAACAGUCUAGUUUACGAUGGAGAUGGGUACAGCCAGUUUCAAGAGUGUAACACGUCAUCAUCCACAGAGUCUUCUUUAGAACAACCGUCAUCGUCGUAUUCAGAUGGAAAUAACUCUAUUCCGUACGCGCAUCAUGACAUAUCCUUCGAAUUAAACAACGCAGAUCCUGAUAAAUUUCUUGGAAUCGAUGAAAAUGCCAACGUGAAUCUGAAAAUACAAAGAAGAAACCUAAGGAGCCCACAGCAUAUCAAGAAGAAGUCAGAUGUCAGGAGUGAGCAGGAAGGGAUUGAAAACAAUAAAUCGUUGAAGAUUUUGUCGACACCAAAUAAACUAAUAGACAUUCCUGACUUGGAUGAUAUGAAGUCUCCACCAAGCGCAGGUUUAAACGGUACUUUGAAAUUCUUUCAGCAUUUCGAACCUUGUGAGGCACCAGCACCUUCACCUAACAACUUUAACCCUAAAUCACAGGACAAGCUCGAUAUGUCGUUUAAAUUCCCUGCUAGUUCCGCUAACAACAAUACUGGUGAAGAGCGUGCAAAUAAAGAUUUUGUGGACACGAAUAAUGAAGAUUUCCUGAAAAUCGAUACUUCGCCUGUGAACCAAUCAAUCGAGUUGAGGCGACAGAUGCUAAUGGAUUUACAAAAAUCUCCAACAAGUAACGACCCGAGAAUGCAUAAGCAUAGAAGAAGUAGAAGCGUUCAUAAUAUUGACGAUAAUUUUUUAAAAUUUGACGCCACGUCUACACCACCAGCACCAGCACCAGCCCCAAUAUCUCCUGUUGAGAAUUGUACUCCAUACACUUCUCCURAAAUACCGGAAAGAUCGCCACUACGAUUUAAGUCAUCUCCAAAUACACCUAGCGUUAAAUCACCUCAAAACAACUCUUUCCAGCAAGAAAUGUCAGUGCCUUCGAUUCAAAUCAUACCGGAUGAAACCACUUCAAACACAGUAGAUUCAUCGAUUACCGAAAAUCCAGAAGAGAAAACUGGCCCCGAAUCGUUUUCUAUUGAAGAUGCUGACAAAUCCAUUGCAAUAAUUCAUGAAACAAAAAAAAAUACAACGGUAGAACCGUUCAAACCACUGUCUUCAUUCAAUUCGUUCAGUCUUCCAAUUCAGACUAAAAAAAGAUCCCCUCUGGAACAAUCUCUUACAGAAUUAGCCACCAAACAACAAACUUAUGUAGCUCCACCUUCACUACCUCUCAACACUGUAUCUCCCAAAAGACAACUGUCAAAUUCAGGUAGUAGUAAAUCCUCAUCAUAUAAUUCUGAAUUUUCGGCUAAUACUGGCCUUACGGAUGCAACAUCUCAACCCUCUGUAACGGCUAACAGGUCAAUCCUACAACAGAACCUAAAAAACCAGAAAAAAUCGAAUAAUAACAUUGAUUUUCGUCCUCAUUCCCAGAAGAACAACUUUUCAUUUCCCAGGAAGGGGGCCACACCUACACCCGAGCGUGUCCUGGAGUUCAACACCAUUUAUGAGAAAAGAAAUGGUAAAAUGGUUGAGGUUAUCUUACUAGAUGAAGACGAAGACAGCAGCGUUGAAAGCAAUGUCAGUCCACAAUCAAAAUUAAUUCAAGCUCAAAAAAGCAAAAACGAACAAGAUAAGAAAAACCUAAACUAUUAUAACGAAGUUUUAGAUAUGUGUGAAAAAACAGCAGACGAAGCAAAGAAAAUCAUCUAUCAAUUGGUGGACGAAACUACUAGAUACCCGAAAAACAAGCAAACAAGAUCAAGAGUGCUUCCGCCACUACCCUUUCCCUUAUACGACCAAAACGGGAACUCUUUGAACACCAACAAGUACGGAUCAAAUAUCGCCGACAACAUUCCACGUCAACAAAACAACUUGAGAUAA